UGAGUGGAGGCUGCGGCGGCGGAGGCGCGAGCUGCCCGAUAAUGGCGGCCUGCAGCGCCCGUGAGAGGGAGAAGCGGCAGCGGCUAUCCUGAGAAACCUCGACCUUGAAGAUGGUGAGUAGCCAGCCAAAGUACGAUCUAAUACGGGAGGUAGGCCGAGGUAGUUAUGGUGUUGUGUAUGAAGCAGUCAUCAGAAAGACUUCUGCACGAGUGGCAGUGAAGAAAAUUCGAUGCCACGCACCUGAAAAUGUUGAACUAGCACUUCGUGAGUUCUGGGCACUAAGCAGUAUCAAGAGCCAACAUCCAAAUGUGAUUCACUUGGAGGAAUGCAUCCUACAAAAAGAUGGGAUGGUGCAAAAGAUGUCCCACGGCUCUAAUUCUUCCCUUUAUUUACAGCUUGUAGAGACUUCUUUAAAAGGAGAAAUUGCCUUUGAUCCCAGAAGCGCCUAUUAUUUGUGGUUUGUGAUGGAUUUUUGUGACGGAGGAGAUAUGAAUGAAUAUCUGUUGUCCAGAAAACCCAAUCGUAAAACUAACACCAGCUUCAUGCUUCAGCUGAGCAGUGCCCUGGCUUUCUUGCAUAAAAACCAGAUCAUCCACCGAGAUCUUAAGCCUGAUAACAUCCUGAUUUCUCAAAGCAGGUUGGAUACCAGUGACUUGGAACCCACACUGAAAGUGGCUGAUUUUGGUCUAAGUAAAGUUUGUUCAGCCUCUGGGCAAAACCCAGAAGAACCUGUCAGUGUAAACAAGUGUUUCCUUUCCACAGCAUGUGGGACAGAUUUCUACAUGGCUCCUGAAGUGUGGGAAGGACAUUACACAGCAAAAGCUGACAUCUUUGCUCUGGGGAUUAUAAUCUGGGCAAUGCUGGAAAGGAUCACAUUCAUAGACACAGAGACAAAGAAGGAACUCUUGGGGAGUUAUGUAAAACAAGGAACUGAGAUUGUACCUGUUGGGGAGGCACUUCUGGAAAAUCCUAAAAUGGAACUUCUCAUUCCUGUGAAAAAAAAGUCUAUGAAUGGGCGAAUGAAACAAUUAAUUAAGGAAAUGCUGGCUGCAAACCCUCAGGAUCGUCCAGAUGCUUUUGAACUAGAACUCAGAUUAGUACAAAUUGCAUUUAAAGAUAGCAGCUGGGAAACGUGACACAUAUUAUUUGCAAAUAUCUUGGAUGAUAUGCUGCUUCUGUUUUAACAGUGAUGCAACAUGUGGCUGAAAAAGAACAUAAAAAGCUAAACACCUUAUAAGGGUUUAGAUUUUAUUGUGGGGUGUUUUUUUUCCUCAUUUUUCAUAAAUCCAAGCUGGCCAUUUUAUUAGUAUGUUUUAAAUGUGUAUUACCAAUGUGGGUGUAAAAUUUUUUUAAGUGGUCAUUGGUAGAAGUUUGGCAGGAAAAUUCUCUUAAGAGCCAAGAAGAGAAGAAAGCCCAGUUUUCUGGAAACAUGUCUCUAAGUAUUUUAGACAUUCCUUGUCAGUAUUAGGAAUUUCCAUGGAAGAGGAGGUUUGCAUGCUGGUAAUGCAACCUUUGAAGCUUUGUAAAGGAAACAUAUAUGUAUAUAUUUAUGUAUAUGUAAGUAUGUGAAUGUGUGCAUUUUGCAUUCCAUAUGAAGAAAAUGCCACUUCUGUUUAAAUUAUUUGAUGUAGGUUUGGGUUUUUGAGAUUUGCUGGUGAAAUCCGUGAUGAAAAAUAAACCUUCCCUCAUGUUCCUACCCUGUCCCUCCCUCUAAUGAAAUCAUACUAAGUUUUUAUUAUUUUUGAAAUAUUAUACAGCUUUUUGUAAGGCAUCAUUUUGGAGGGUCUAAAAUUAUCCGAUUAAACAUAGGUGAAAUUAAAUGAUCCAAAGCUGCUGAAGUAGGUUUGAGCUCUCCCGUGCCCUGUGCUGCAGGAGUUAAAUUAGUCAUGCAAUCAUAUGGUAGAAGGUUGACAAGGACACUGAUGAUUCAGUCAUACCUUCUUUAGGUAACUGAGUAUUCAUUUAACCAGUUAAACCACUGCAUUGGGACAUGUCUGCACUUGAGUUUCUACAGUCUGAUAUAAAUCUGAACACAGGAUCCUUCUGUUUCUGAAAACUUUGCUAUAUAUGAACUAUAAUACUUGAUAUAUUAAUUUUUGGUUUCAAGGCUUUGUCUAAGCCUCAGCAUAAAGUUGAAGAAACCAAAUGAGCUCUGCCCUCACAUUGCCUGCCCUGAUAUGGUCUCUUGUUGAAUCACUGGAGUUCCUCUCAUUUUGGCACUGAUGCUGUUUUCUCUUGUCUAUUUUGAGGCAGUAAUGGUAUUGAUAUGAUUCUGUUAAAUGUUGAUCACCUUUUUUUUAAAUGGGAGAUGAUACCUAUACAGUUUGGCAAAAUGGAUAAAAUACUGAAGCAUCACCUACUUUUGAAGUAGAAAAGUUAUCAGUUUAUACAAUCACUUGGUAUGGUCUACAUCAAAACCCAACAGGCCAUUUUUCCUCUUGAAAUUAGUUUGAUUUUUAACUGUAUGGGUGUCACCAGUUUGUUUUCUUGUAAAUGCAAAUAGUUAAAAAUCUAAGGAAAGAAUGCUUUUCUAAAAUGGAACUUUAGCCUUUAAGGUUAAAUAGACUAUAUGACAUCUAGGUUAAUCUUUAUAAAGCACUAGAAUCUUUGGUCAAAAGUCAAACAAAAUAGUAUUAGGGUAUUGAAAUUAUUGGUAGUUUGCAUAGUCUCAGCUUUUUUGAACUUUUACAACUUUCAGAAUAUUACUGUCAUAAUUUUUCCCCACUUAAAAUGUGUUCAAAGGACAAUAGAAAGUAAAACAUUAUCAAAAAUGGAGUAAGUAAAAUUUCUGGACUAUAUUACUUGAUCUGGAGGUUUAAAAUUUGGACUGAAAGGUUUUAUUGAAAUAAAGCCUCUGACAGUGAAAAAAAACCACAUACUUUUAACAUCACUUUCAAGCUAAUAUAAGAGUUGUUUUGGAAAUAGAUGUGGAAAUACACUGGAACUUCAUGGUAAUUGACCCUCUGGAUCACCAAAUUAGUUUAACACAGAUCUGUCCAAGGGGAUUAAGUUACUGGAAGUAAGAAAAAGCAUCAUUAUAAUGUCUCCUCAAUAGUGUGGCACUUCAGCAGAGAUUCAUAGGCGAUGAUGGUAUGCCAGUGCUUCAUUUACUCUUCAAAUAUCUAUGUGCUUCGAGCCACAGUUUCCUAAGUACAUAGUUUUUGGUCCUGCUUCACUUAAAAUAGCUACUAAUUAUCAUUUAUUUCGAAAGAUUUUACCUGUGAAGUGGAAUUCUUUCUUUCAUUGGGAUUAAGGAUGUGAGGUGAUCAGGAAGUUUCUUCUGGAAUUUUCAUAAGUCCAUGUAUUCUAAAAUAGCCUAUGAUACCAAGAAAAACGAUAAUAAAUUCUUCGUCUUUUUUUUGUUCUUUCAGUCAGAGGUAUUUAUUAAGUACCUACUGUGUGCACAGCACUAAAUGUUAGUUGAUAAAAUGACAAUUAAAAAAUGGCAUUUAGCCACAGGCCUUUUCCAGCCAGGAGUAAGAAAUAAAAGAUGAUUACCAAGAAUUUGUGCACAGUGCCUUGCCCAUAAUAGGUACUCAAUAAAAAAUUAUUCCUCAUAGAGUCUCUUGCCAUGGUUUAUAGUGUUUUAUGAAAUUUGUCUUAAUUGAAAAAAAGACCAAAUAUUUCAAACAAAUUUAUAGGCAGCUGUGGCCAGUUAAAAUAUGGGGUUGUACAGUUAGUUCCUAGGAUGUUAUUUUGCACUAGUUGUCACUUAGAAAGAUAUGGGGUUCCUGUAGAAUUUUGGUGCUAAGGGAUACUUUGUCAUUAUGAUGAAGUGUUAAGUGUCAGAUAAAUAGCACACAGAAUAGUUCUUUCUGCUGGUCUGUUUUUCUCUUUGUUGUUGUUGUUUUUCAUUGUAAAAUGUUAUCAAUCAAACUAUUGUAGCAGCUACAAAAUAAUUCACCAGCAUGACAAAAUGGUCAAAAAAUAAG